CGCGCCCGGCCUCAGCCGCGCCCCGCGGGGAGGGGAACGGGGGGCGGCGCGCAGACAGCGCGCAGGCAGCGCGCAGGGGGCGCGGGCAGCGCUGCCGGCCCCGCGCCCGGCCCCGCCGGCCGGCCCCGCGCCGCGGCGGCUGCGCGGCCGCGCUGCGGCGGCGCCGAUGCUGUCGGUGCCGGUGGCGGGCGCGGCGCGGGGCGCGGGCUCCCUGCCCCGCCGUCGCACCAUGUGCAGCGGCGUCGGCUGCUUCUGGGCGCUGCUCUCCGCCGGCCUCCUGGCCGCCUGCGCCGCCGCCUUCCUCUCCCCGGCCUGGCUCCUGCCGCCCGGCCGCGCCGCCGCCGGCUUCGGUUUGCUCUGGCGCUGCGCCGGGCCGCCCCGCGGCUGCCACGGCUCCACCGGCCCCGGCGGCUUCGGAGACAUCCCCUCUGGCUCCUGGCAGACGAGCGCCGUGCUGUGUGCAGGUGGCUGUGCCCUGCUGGCCCUCAGCUCGCUGCUGGCCAUCGUCGCUGUCCUGCUGCCUGGCGGAGCCUGCGAGAGGAGAGUCUGCACCCUGGCUGGCUACAUGCAGACAGCAGCAGUGUUCAUAAUGGCUUCUGGGCUUUUGGUUUACCCUUUUGGUUUCAACUCUGCUACUGUGAAGAGAUUCUGUGAGAAUUCAGACAUCUACUAUGCAGGAGACUGCCAGAUUGGAUGGGGGUAUAUGCUGGCAAUUGUUGGGGUCAUGUUGUCUGUCUUUUUACCAUUCUUUGCAAAAUAUGCACCAAAAGAGCACAUAUCUCCAACUCCGAUACCUACUAUUUUAUAGUAUUUUAUUACUGUUUAAGAACAGAACAUUCCUGUCUACAGGCAAUGGGCAGAAAUUAUUAUAGCACUUCCAUUUAGCGCUAUUGCUAAAGAGAAAAAAGGAGAUGGGGAAGAGAAGGUCAGAAUCACAAAGACCAAAAGUGCAUUGAUAGUCUUCCGUAAGUAUGAGCAGCGAACACUCUGGAAUUGAAGAUUAAUCAGCAGCCUUUAUACUGCUCUAAACAUAUAGUGGCAUAAUGCCUUAGACAAAAACAAUCUGUUUAUCCUCAAAACAUCUGUCUACCUCCCAGUUUCUUUUGUGUCUCAAACUUGUCUUCUAAAAGCUUCAAUUCACUUUUUAUAUAUUAUUAAAUGUCAAAACUUUUAUGAACCCGAUAAUUUUAAAGUCAAUAAUGAUAUUUUGUUAAAAUUAUUUUGAUUAGUGAAAAAGCACCUACUAGUAGCCACGGCCUAAAAUUAAGCUGAAUAUCUAAAAGGAAUUGUAUACAAGAAAAGGUUUCUUUUUAAUCUAUGUAUAUUAGUAGCACCUGCAUAUUGCAAGUUAUCAGCACACUUUUUACUACUGAUCUAAUCUUCAAGAUUUAGUCAUCUUCAUGAAGACUUGCAUAAAAUUUAGAUUAGUUUUUUUCAGAGAGAGAGAGAGAGAUCUGACUGCUUCCAAAGGCUUUACAAUGGUUUAAUAGUUUAACAGGGAAAAAGAAUGUUAAGAAUUUGUUUUCUGUAUUUCUUAAAUUAUAAUUUAGGUGAACUUUUACAAAAUUAUUUGAACUAUUACAACUGGAGAUUUGGGGUUUUGUUAUGUGUUUCUUAAGGCUGAAAAGAAAAAUCUGUUUACGAAAAUGCCCAAUGGCCCUUUUAUGUAAUGAAAAUCAAGCCAGAAUGAACCAGAUUCUAAUAUUUCCAAUUCUAUUAAGAGCCCAUUAUUGUAAAAGCAACCCCAAAAGUGAAGUGAAAUGCUACUGAACAUGACUAAUAAGAAUCUGAUGCUGUGUCAAUAACCUGCAAAUGGCCACAUUUCAUGAGUUUGUAUGUGAAUUUUGUGAAGUCUGAUUUCCACAAUAGCAGUGAAUUCAUUACUAUCAAGCAUUGAAAUAAGUGCACUUGAUUGCCUUAAGCAAAAGAAACAUUGGGUUCUAAUCUCACCCCACUGUUAUGUUUUUCAUUUAAAUUAAAAUUGAAUUCUAAUUCUAUUCUCAUUUUAUUUUCUAUUAUUUAUUUAAAAAAAAAAUCACAUAGAUUAUAUUUAAUUCAGAGCUGUACUUCUUAGUUUUGUAUUUUGGCACAAACCAAGUGAUCAAAUUUAUUAUUCUUCGCUGAGUCCAACUGAUUCCUGAAUUUUUUAUUUUUUUUUUUUUGAAUGGAAAGGGUACAUGUAGGGACAGACAGAGACACGUUGAGGAUGUAUAAGAAAACUCGAACAGAAUAAUCACUGUGUUUUAAUAAAUGUCAAAGACUUCUGCAGCCUUGUUUACAUUCCUCACCCUUCUAAACAUCAAUGGAACGUUGCAUUGUUUUCCAAGACAAUUGUGUGUUGUUACAUUUUUAUGCACUCUAAAAACAAAUCCUGCAUGUAAAUGUAGCAAGUUCCAAGACUCAUCUUUGAAAGCGAGAUUUCAGUGUGGAAUUAAGUACAUUGAGAAAGAGAGAGAGCACAAGCUAUGUGGGUUUGCUCACAGUGACUAAGGAAUUAAAUCUUCCACGUAUUUAACAAAAUAGGUUGAAGGAAUGCCACUAAAGUAAGAAGAAUAAAUUUCAGUCACUUUGUAUAGUAAUGUGCUUUUCAGUAAUGUCGCUUUUUUUAAUGAACGGCUGAAAUUGGUAAUUUUCAUAUAAUAGUCAGAAAAGUGAGGAAUAACAAACAACAUGUAAAGAGAAAAUAAUCACCGCAAAGUAGAGAGACAGAGAUGCAGGCUUUUCUUUCCUAACCAACCUGUGCCUUUACACUAGAACCAUUAUACAAGACAGGAUCAAUAUGGUUAAAAAAAACCCAACAACAAUCAACCAACAACUGGAAAAUGUUGAGUGAUGUGUAUAAACUG